GAUGGAUUUUUGAUUUGAUUUUUCUAGUUUUCGUUAAAAAUAACACAUUCGUUCGUCACAUUUACAGUUUUCAUUGACUUUUGUGUUUGUUUGUGUUUGUUUGUUUGUUUCUUUGUGUCUCCUAUAAUCUAAAUCCAAAACAUUUUUAAUUCAUCAAGUUUAUAAUCAUCAUUUUUUAAAUGUAUCAAUUUUUUUGAAUCAUCGUUUUCAUUUAGAUGAAUUGAAAAUCUAAAUCUACAUUGACGCCUGUGAUCAUCAUUAUAUAAUCUCAUAUAAAUUGAAUAUGCUUGAUAUACCUGAAACAAAAGAAACAUUGGUGGCACGUGAAAAAUUUAUACAUAUUAUACCAACAUCAAUGGAACAUCAAUUAAAACCACCACCACCGUUAAAAAAGAAAAAAUUAAAAUCCGCAUCAACAGUAUCAUCUUCUGAUCAUAGUAGUGUUAUUGGUGGUAUUAUUCGAAAUCGUCAUCAUCAUAAUCGUAAUGAUGAAAAUAAUGUUCGUACAAAAGAUUUAGAUGAUAAUAAUCAGGAAAAUAUGGAACCACCGCCAAAACCACCAACAACUAUGACACAGCAAUCAUCAACAUCGUUGAAACGAAAAUUAUCCACCGAUUUUGAUAACAAUACACAUAAUUCAAAUUCAAAUGAUGAACAAGAAUCAUUGACAACAUCAACUGCCUCAACAAAUUCUGUUGAUCAAAUUUCUGCUAUGUCAACCAAUAAUAACACAACCACAACAACAACGACGACAUCAUCAUCAUCAUCAUCAAAUGAAACAAUAAAUCAAUAUAAUAAUAAUUACAUGGGUCCAAAUAAUACUGGAUAUUUACAGCCAUCAAUGGCCGAAAUACAUUCAAAUUAUCUUCAACAAUUCCAUUAUUAUCAACAAAUGCAACAACGUCAUAUAUUAGCAUCAUCUCAAAAAGGAUCUCAUAUGAAUGAUAGAUCACCGCCGCCAACACUACCACCACCGAUAACAAAAUCAACCGAUUUUUCCAUCAAUGCUAUUAUUGGUUCUAAUAAUAAUCAUCCACAUCAUCAUUAUCCAAAUCAUCAACGUCCAUCACCACAACCAGCAUUGACAGCUGAAUCGGCUACUAGUCAACAACAAUCACCAAUGAAAGGUAUUUUAAACUUGUCGGUCUCAUCAUCACCAUCAUCAUCGUUACCUAUAUCAUGUAUAUCACAUCCAUACAAUGCAUCCAUACCUAAUCAACCAAUAUCACCAUUAUCACCGAAUUCAAAUUUUCUUGAUAUGAUUGAUUAUUCUAAGUCAGGCAUUCAUAAUAAUCAUAAUCAUCAUUCAUUUGUAACGUUGAAUUCACAUCAACAACAUCAUCAUCAUACACAACAAAAAGCAGCACAAAAAGCGGCAGCAAUGCAGGCUGCAUUAAUGUUUAAUACGGCAUCAGGAUAUGUACCAUCAACAUUUCCAAAUAUUGUUAAUAGUGGUGGUGGUCAUCAUCAUCAUCAUCCACAUCAUCAACAUACGGGUGUUAUUUAUCCUACAUCAACAGCAUCAAUCAAUAAUGGUCAAUUGGAUAAUACUAAUAGUGGAACAAUACAAUCAAUUUCUAAUCACAAUAAUGGAUCAUCAUCACAACAACAACAACAACAACAACAAUUAGCAAUUGUAGUCGAUUCACCACGAUCAGUAUCAUUUGGAUCAUUAUCACCGGCAUUAUCAACAAUAUCAUCAUCAUCUAAUUCCAAAGAUUUGCUAACAACAACAACAACAAAUCAAUCACAACAACAACAAACAAAAAAUCAAACAAAAAAUAAAGAUCGAUCAAAUACAAAUGGAUCACCGGCAUCAACUAAUUCAUCAUCAUCACCUUCAUCAUCAUCAUCUUCGUCAUCAUCAUCAUCAUCAUCAUCGGAAAUUAAUCCAUAUGCAACAAUGUUAAAACCAAAAUAUAAUUGUGAAAAUUUGGCAAAAGUUGAAUGUCAUUUAGAGAAUAAAGAAUUAUGGGAUAAAUUUCAUGAACUUGGUACCGAAAUGAUUAUAACAAAAACUGGAAGACGAAUGUUUCCAACAUUACGUUGUUCAUUUUCUGGUAUUGAAACAACAAUUUCAUCAAUGUUAGGUUCAAGUGGACAUCAUCAUCAUCAUCAACAACAUCAUAAUGAUGUUCGAUUCUAUGUUUGUAUGGAUAUAAUACCAAUCGAUAAUAAACGUUAUCGUUAUGCAUAUCAUCGUAGUUCAUGGUUAGUUGCCGGUAAAGCUGAUCCACCAUCACCAUCACGUUUAUAUGUACAUCCUGAUACACCAUAUUCAAUCGAACAAUUACGUAAACAAGUGAUCUCAUUUGAAAAGGUUAAAUUAACCAAUAAUGAAAUGGAUAAAAGUGGACAUAUUAUUCUAAAUUCAAUGCAUCGUUAUCAGCCACGAGUACAUUUGAUAAUAAGAAAAAAUCCACAAUAUUUUAAUAUGCCAAUCACCGAUAUUGAAUCCGAAUUACAUCGUACAUUUGUGUUUCCUGAAACGGUAUUUACAGCUGUUACUGCUUAUCAAAAUCAAUUGAUAACCAAACUAAAAAUUGAUUCAAAUCCAUUUGCAAAAGGAUUCCGUGAUUCUAGCCGUUUAUCCGAUCUUGAACGUGAAACAAUGGAAUCAAUGAUGACCGAUCAAUGUUUUAGUGCUCGAUCAUUUUUUGCGGCUGCUGCUGCAGCUUGUGCUGCUACUGGAUCACCAUUCAAUUUACCACCUAUGCCUCCUGGUUAUCCAGAUAUUACCGAUCCAAGAAUGGCAAAUUUUAUACGUGAACGUAUGUUGUUCGGAAUACCUGGAUCAGGAAAUUUUCCAGAAAUUGUUGGCCAAUUUCCAGUUGGUCAUCCGUUUGUAUCAAAUCCACCACCAAUGUUAUGGCCACCAUCACAGCCACAAACACCAACAUUAUCAGAUGGAAAAUCAACCGUACAACAACAACAACAAUCAUCACCAUCAAUAGAACAAUUACAACAGAUUUAUAUGCAAAAUCCAUGGUAUGCAGCAAUGUUAUCAGGUAAUAAUGGUCGAAACAUUCCACCUGGUUCAACACCACCAGGAAUAGCUGCAACACAAUUAACUGGUAAUCCACAAUUAUGGGCUGCUUUUGCUGCUGCAUAUGGAAAUGGAUCUAACAUAACAGCUCAGCAACAACAACAACAACCACCAUCGGUAUCAAUACCGACAUCAAAUCAUCAUAUGGGAUCAAUAAUGAAUAAUAAACAUAUUCAAUCACCGGAUACAUUUUUAAAACAAAUCGAUACGGAAAAAUCAUCAACAUCAUUAUCACCACCACCAUCAUCAAUACGAAUGGAAUUAUCACCUGAUCAAAAAUCAAUAAAACAAGAAUUAGAUAUAGCAGCUAAUUGUAAUAAUAAUGAUAAUAUUAAUACGACUACGAUUGAUGUGGCAAAUAAUUCACCACCAUCAUCAUCGCCUAAACGUUCCAUAAAUGAAGCUGCAGCUUGAUUUUUUUCCCCCUAAUUUUAUCAUUCUAUGAUUGUAAAUAUUUUAGUCAAUUGUUCUCAAUCAUACACACACACACACACAAACGGAUAAUCUCAUUCAUUUGAAAACAAAA